AUGGUUGGAUUCUCCAAGAUUACCGGGUUCGCUAUUGCGGCUGCCUGCCUGAUCUCUUCUUCUUUCGCUCAUCCCGGCGAGACGCAUGACGCCGUAGCAAUGAAGCGCGAGAUCCAUGCCCGCAAUGUCAUGGCCUCUGCUGCUAAACGCUCGUUGGGUGCAUGCUCCGACAGUCUCGCGGCUAGAAACCUUCACGCGCGCAAUAUUGCUCGCCGUUCAAAUGUCGCCCGUGAACUACGUCAGAAGCGUAAUAUCAAGUCGAAGGCUAAAAAGUUCCGCCGUGACCUUGCGACUCUCGAGACGUAUGAGGCUAUCAACCACAAUCAGACAGGCACCUACGCAUACACCUCGGACACCGCGGAGACCGCUGUGUUUGCAGCUAAUACCAGCUGCAUCUUGACCCCAGAGGUCACCGAUGGACCAUACUAUGUCUGGGGAGAGAUGAUUAGGAAGAACGUCAAGGAGGACGAAUACUCCGACGGAGUUGACCUCUACCUUGAAGUUCAAUACUUGGAUAUCAGCACCUGUCAGCCUGUGCCUGAUAUUUACGUCGAUAUCUGGAAUGCCAAUGCAACUGGUGUCUACAGUGGCAUCAGCGAGAGCGGUAACUAUGCCGCAGAUGGAUGGAAUUCCACCUAUCUUCGUGGCAUCCAGGUCACCGACGAAGAUGGUGUCGCCUCAUUUGAGACUAUCUUCCCUGGUCAUUACGAGGGACGAGCAACUCACACUCAUCUCCUCGCCCAUAUGAACGUGACUGUCAACAAUAAUGGCACCCUAGCCCUAGACAGCGGAUCAGUCACACACAUUGGCCAACUGUUCUGGAACGAGGUGCUCCGCUCAGCCGUAGAGGAUACCUAUCCAUACAACACCAACACACAAGCCAUCACCACGAAUGCAGACGACAUGUGGAGCAUUGUGCAAGCUGAGAACGACUACGAUCCUUUCCCCGAGUACUUGUACCUUGGCGACGAUAUCACCGAUGGCUUGUUCGCGUGGAUUCAGAUCGGAGUCAAUGUAUCCGCUGACUACACUGACAACUCCUACUACAACAUCGCUGCAUACCUGGAGGCUGACGGUGGUCAUGAGAAUGAGAGCUCAGGUUCCAUCGGUGGUUCUAAUUCAACGUCUACCGUGUUUGAAGCACGCUUAGAACAGGCCGGUCUCCUCAAAAGGGUCGUCGAUGCCAUCAAAGAUCUCGUGCAAGACUGCAACUUCGACUGCAAUGACUCCGGCAUCGCCCUCCAAGCGAUGGACAACUCACACGUUGCCCUGGUCUCCAUGAUGUUGAACGCAGACGCCUUCAGCCCCUUCCGAUGUGAUCGCACAGUCGCUCUCGGCAUCAACCUUGUCUCGCUCACCAAGGUUCUGCGCGCUGCUCAAAACGAGGAUAUUUUGACAUUGAAGGCAGAGGACUCCCCAGAUGUGGUCAACCUUAUGUUUGAGAGUUCAGAGACCGACCGUUUGAGCGAGUAUGACAUUAAGCUUAUGGAUAUUGACCAAGAGCAUUUGGCUAUUCCUGAGACGGAUUAUGCGGCUACUGUCUCAAUGCCUUCUGCAGAGUUCCAGCGAAUUUGCAGAGAUUUGAAUGCGCUGUCUGAGUCUGUUGUCAUCGAGGCUACAAAGGAAGGCAUCAAAUUCUCCUGCCAAGGUGACAUUGGCAACGGUGCCGUGACUAUUCGCCAACAUACGAACGUCGAGGACCCCAACAAAAACGUCUCUAUUCAACUCACUGAGCCUGUCGCUCUCACCUUCUCUCUCAAGUACCUCGUCAACUUCUGCAAGGCCACUGCUUUGUCUGGCCAGGUCAAGCUUUGCCUUUCUCAGGAAGUUCCUCUGCAGGUUGAAUAUAGUCUGGCAGGAAGCAGCGGCAGUGCUGCCAGUGGUCACUUGCGAUUUUUCCUUGCUCCAAAGUGGGAUACCGCCAAAACGGCCGCCUCUACCCUAGACGUUCCUCUUAACGGAUCUGGCUCCGUGUCGACGGAGCAAGUUUCCAAAAUUCCUUCAUCGCAGUCCCGAGCCUCGUUGCUCGGAGGAGCGUACGACACUUCCUAUCGUGCCUCAGGCGGUCCAUUUCCCGAACGUCAAGGCUACAGACAGGUCCAUGGACCGGAGCCAGCAGCUAUCAUCCUCGGUCUUGAGUCCUAUGUUUUUGCGACCUUCCAAAUCAAUCAUGCGCACUUUGACAACUCCGCCAGUUCUUCCAGAACCCUUCCGACGUUUCUCUCGCUGUACCUUUUCGGUUUUAUCUAUGAAUUAGUUUUGGUCUACGACGCUUUGCGUCUCAAAAACACAAUUCAGAUCAUUGGAAUCUGUCUCUGUAACGUCGGCUUGCUCAUCUACGGCGCUUUGCAGAUCGAACAGGUAUCCUUGGAUGCGGGCCUCUAUCAGCAGACCAGACCAGUCUUAGUCGCAAUCCCUGUUAUAAUUGCGCUCGGCUCGAUCAUUUUAGCAUUUUUGACCUGGAAGCUCUAUGACGAAUUUGCGUGGACAAUUUAUAAGCAUAUCAGUGCCGAUUUGCGUAUGAAGAGGCGGUAUUUGACUUACCAGAUCUACAUUGCCUUGUUGAAGUUUGAUUUCUUCUUCUUCUUGGGUUUCACCGUCCAAUUCGUCGUUAUCGUAACUGGGAAAACCGAUGUCGAAUUUGGUUUGACUCUGGCUGCUAUUCCAGUGACCAUCUUGAUUUUAUUCUUUGCUGCAGUCUUCACGAGACGAGAGAACACACUCGGCAUGUGCGCUGUCAUUACACUUUAUAUCGGUGGCCUGGCCUAUUUCCUAUUCAAGCUCGUACGCAUGUACCAACCAUCUCGAUAUUUCGAGUAUAUUGCCGCUCGACGAUCAUUGACCUUCUUUGCCGUUAUCACCAUCCUCUUGAUCAUUGCAACAAUCGUAAACGCCAUCGUCUGUACGGCGAAUUUCCACAAGGGUCUGAAACCACACAUCAUGACACGACGCAAAACUGAUGAUGACGAAAAAUCUACCGAGUUGGGCUCCAGAGUUCAUGGAGAGACCCUGCCUAAUCGUAUGAUGAUUGAUUAA